GAGAAUCGGUAUAUUCGGAGAUACCGGCUAAUUCAAUUUAACCACCCUAUGAGCUGCGCAUGUACAGAGUGCAUAUAUUCCAAUGUCGCGCCUUCAUGUUCUACAUUCAUUCCUCGCCGUUCUUGUACAGAUCCUCGUCAAAUACCUUUCCUCCUUUCAAUUCUCCAUGAUUGUGUAAUAUCAAACCUGACAAAAAGAUGGUGGAAGAAAAGAAACCCGAGGUGCCGCGAGAAAGCGACAUUGAGGCUUCGAUUGAAGGACAAUCCGAUGAGAAAACCCGCUGUCCUCAAGGCGGGUCACAAGAAUUUCCAGAAGGCGGUUUCAGGGCUUGGUCUGUAGCAAUUGGCUGCUCUGGGAUAUUGUUUUCAACGUUUGGUUAUGUUAAUACUUUCGGUGUAUUUCAAGAAUAUUACCAAACCCAUCAACUGAGGCAUGAGACUCCUUCAGCAAUUUCCUGGAUUGGGUCCCUCCAAUCAUUUUUCCUUUUCGGUGGAAGUCUUGGCGGCGGUCCCCUAUUUGAUAGAUACGGUGCCAGGGUUAUAUGGCCAGCAGCAACCGCUUACAUAUUCUCCGUAAUGAUGACCAGCCUCUGCACCGAGUACUAUCAAUUCCUCCUCUCACAGGGGAUUCUCGGCGGAAUCUCAAUGGGCAUGACCAUGGCUCCCGCCAUGGCAGCAACUGGCCAAUACUUCAACAAGAAACGAGGAGCAGCAAUGGGUCUCGCUGUGGCCGGAUCAUCUUUGGGUGGAGUCGUAUGGCCAAUCGCUCUGGGGAAGAUGCUCUACAACCCAAGUCUGAGUUUCGGCUGGUCUGUCAGAAUCUCCGGCUUCAUCAUGCUUGCUCUUAUCGGCCCUGCAUGCGCUGCCAUCAAAGCACGACUGCCGCCGAGGAAUGGAACAUUCUUUCUCCCUGAGGCGUUCAAGAACCCUCAGUUCCUUGGCGUCGUGGGUUCGACCGCUCUGAUGAUGCUUGGUAUGUUCCUGCCAUUUUUCUACCUGCCGACUUUUGCAGUGGCGAAUGGAAUGGGCACCGAUCUAGCUUCGUACAUCAUCGCUAUUCUGAACGCGGCUUCGUUCUUUGGAAGAGUGAUUCCCGGCGUACUGGGGGACAAGCUCGGGAGGUACAAUGCAUUCAGUGCUGCAGCACUCAGCUCUGGCAUUCUUCUUCUCUGCAUGCAAUGGUUAAACAGCAAUGCCUCCAUCAUCGUCUUUUCGGCUUUAUACGGAUUCUGCUCAGGUGCGAUUGUGUCUGGGAUGUCAGUAGUCUUGGCACAAGUACCGAAGGAUCCCAGAGAGAUUGGAACAUAUAUGGGCAUGGGAAUGGCGACUGUGUCGAUUGCGGCGCUCGUUGGACCACCAAUUGACGGAGCCUUUCAGACACAUUACCAUAGUUUCCACGAAGUGGCAACGUUCAGUGGGGUCGUGGUGUUGGCAGGCGGAAUUACGUGCUUCUUGACGAAAUACACAACUGGCAAGGGCAUUUUCGGAAAAGUUUGAAUGGCCCCACUUGAGGAUAGGGAUUUUGUACGGCGGUCACGGGAAAUAGAAUAACUAAAUUGCAUGGGCGGAGUUUAGAUACCUUGUAAUUUAGCACCUCUCUCAUCUCAAAACUCUUCCCACCUUCCCGGUCUUCUCAACCAUCCACUUCAUAAUCCCUCUAUAAACCCGACUCCUCGUCGGAACAAAAUACUCACUGAACCGAUUUCCCUUUCUGUUGAUCCUUAGCCAGAUAUAUCUUAUCAACAUGCCUGUAGCGUGCUGGAU